AUACAUAAGCUCCUGCAAAUCACAAACAUUGUCCAUUAAACAACUCUACUUGAGGGAUUAGCCAUUGAUGCACUCAAGCUCAACACAAUAAAUCCGCACUCCAAGGACAUCCAUCUUCUCACCAGCUAGCACUCUACUUGAGAGAUCGACCAAGAAGAAGCAGCCAUGGCCAAGAACCACCACCACCUCGUCCACCUCCUCUUCUUCCUCGCUGCCGUCGCUAGCACCGCUGCCUCCGCCGCCACGGGCGGCAACUCGACGACGCCGACGGCGUACGAGAUGCUGGAGCGGUACGAGUUCCCGCGGGGCAUCCUUCCGGAGGGCGUGCAGCGGUACGUGCUCCGUCCCGAUGGCUCCUUCGAGGUGUUCUUCUCUGGAAGCGGCGGCGGCUGCGAGUUCCGCGUCGGCGACCGGUACCAGCUCCGGUACGAGCGGCGCAUCGCCGGGAACGCGCGCGCGGGGUCGAUCCGGGAGCUGCGGGGCGUCAGCGUGAAGGUGCUGUUCGUGUGGCUCGGCAUCACGGAGGUCGACCGCGCCGGCGACCAGCUAAGCUUCCGCGUCGGCCCUCUCUCGGCCUCGUUCCCGCUCGCCAAGUUCUCCGUGAGCCCCCGCUGCCGCUGUGGCUUCGACUGCGAGGCCGCCGCCGGCGGAGAUGCCGCCGUCGCGGCGUCCUGAAUCCUUCCUGACCCCGUGAUGCAUCAUCGUGUCCUCUUCUUUGGCCAGCAUUACGCUGAUCACGCGUCGCUGCUAGCUGCUGCUUGUCACUACCUGCUGUCGUCGAUGUAUGAGCGUCAUUGGAUUAUCUGUUGGAUGAUGUAAAAAAAACAAUCACAGAGACAGGCCUAGUUCUUGCCCUGAUGGGAUCUGAAUUAUAAACAAUUCGAUUUGAGUUAUUGAUGCCA